AUGCCUCCUAAAGCAUCCCACCCAGCCCCUCAACCAGUUUACAAGACAGCACAAUUCUAUUGGUUUUUAGGCCAUGCUGCUGCCCUUGCUUACUCCCUUCUAUACACUGUGGUAGGUUAUUUUAGUUCAUCUAAGGCAUUAACAUAUUAUAAGUAUGCCUUGGUAUCAAUCAUUUUUACGUAUCUGAUUGUUAUCAAACAGACUCAAGGUUCACUUCAAAGGGGGUCUUUGUUACGUGAUGAGAAUAUCACCUACUGUUCAUUUGCGCUUGUGCUUUUGUUGAACUCUUCAGUAACUAAAGUUACUGUUGGAUCUAGUUUGGUUUCUUAUUGCAUUUUCCUGGUAUUCCACUGUGUUGGUUAUUUCCAGAGAAAUCUUUUACCUUUAUUGCCAAUGCCAAUCGCUAAACAAUCUCAGAUUAAUGCCCUUUUAAAUAAUUUCACCACCCAGUUCAACCAACCAGCAUUGUUUAUGGCUGCUAGUAGUGAAAUGUUAAUGGCUGCGUCCCAAUCAGUCAGCUUGGUGCUAUUAUUGAAGACUCCUCUUCUGUUUUUGAUCAAUGCUGUUGUUUUCGUAGCUGUGAUUCUUUUCCUUAGGUUACGCUAUGAUUCUAGCCCAUAUACCAAGGCUGCCAUGACUGAAUGGAAUCAACGUGCGGGUAUGUUAGCAGCACGUGUAGGACUCUACAAUGUGUAUUCAAGUAUUGUGCUGAAGGUCGUGACUCUUUCCAGUAUUCCAUUUGCUAAGGUAAAGGCCAAGUCUAAGUAA